AUGGAGAAAACCAUCCAAAUCGACAGAGGCAGCAGCUCCCAGGGAAGCACCGGCUGGCUGGAUCUUACCCUUGUCACCUGCACUGAAACGGUGACAUUCACUGAAGUGGUGGCAGAAGAGGAGUGGGGAUCCUUUUACUAUUCUUUUAAGACAGAGCAGCUGGUGACUCUUUGGAUUCUCUUUGUUGUCACAAUUGCUGGGAAUGCCAUCGUGCUCUUCUCUACCUGGAGGAGGAAGAGGAAAUCUCGGAUGACCUUCUUUGUUACACAGUUGGCAAUCACAGAUUCAUUCACGGGCCUCAUAAACAUAAUGACUGACAUCAUUUGGCGUUACACUGGAGACUUCAUGGCUCCUGACAUCGUCUGCAGAGUCGUUCGCUACUUCCAGGUGGUCCUUCUGUAUGCCUCAACUUAUGUCCUCGUGUCACUAAGCAUAGACCGGUAUCAUGCCAUAGUUUACCCAAUGAAGUUCUUGCAAGGAGAAAAACAGGCAAAAGUUCUGAUUGGGGUGGCCUGGAGCCUCUCUUUCCUCUUCUCCAUCCCAACUCUGAUUAUUUUUGGGAAACGGCAGCUCUCCAAUGGGGAAGUGCAGUGCUGGGCUCUCUGGCCUGAUGAAUCCUACUGGAUACCCUACAUGACAGUGGUGGCUUUCCUGGUGUACUUCAUCCCUCUGAUCAUUAUCAGUGUCAUAUACUCAAUUGUGAUCCGAACCAUCUGGAUGAAGAGCAAAGCUCAGGCUGUCAUCAUAUCCAGCUGCCCUGGUGGCAAAACCUCUGCUGGCUACACCAGUCGUGGGUUCAUCUCCAGGGCAAAAGUGAAAGCCAUCAAGUACAGCAUUGUAAUUAUCCUUGCAUUUGUUCUCUGUUGGAGCCCUUACUUUCUUUUUGACAUCCUGGACAACUUCAACAUACUCCCUGAUGCCUCCGUGAUCAUCCAGAACCUGCCAGCCUUGAACAGUGCCAUCAACCCCCUCAUCUACUGCCUCUUCAGCAACCGCCUCUGCCCCCCUUUCGAGCAAAGAAGAUCUCGGAGGUUGGGGGGGACUUUCCGAGACAAGAGUGAUGGAGGGCAGGAGAUGCAGGUCCUGUCCAAACCAGACUACAUCUAG